GCGCCGCCGCGGCGUCGGCGUCCAUUGUCCACACUUCAUAGCCAGGCGAUCGUUGGCGAGGAUUCGGUUUACGGUGUUAGCGUGAGGUGCGAUCUGCUUCGAGAGGUGACGAAAAUGGCGAUGGCGACGAGCCAAGUUAAGGGCAGCGGCUGGCCACGGAGGGCGAGCAACAGUUCGUUCGAGGGGAAGGUGGUGCAGAAUCAGUCGGUCACCAUCAACAGAACCGUCAAUUUAUAUCCUUUGACAAACUAUACGUUUGGAACAAAAGAGCCACUCUUCGAGAAAGAUCCAUCAGUACCAGCAAGGUUUCAGCGCAUGAGAGACGAAUUCGACAAGAUCGGCAUGCGGAGAAGCGUAGAAGGUGUCCUACUGGUGCACGAGCAUGGACUGCCGCACGUUCUUCUUCUGCAACUCGGCACGACAUUCUUCAAAUUACCCGGCGGCGAACUCAACACAGGAGAAGAUGAGGUAGAGGGCCUAAAACGGCUCCUUACAGAGACUUUCGGCCGGCAGGACGGGGUGAAGCAGGAGUGGGUCAUAGAGGACACGAUUGGAAACUGGUGGCGUCCGAACUUCGAGCCACCUCAGUAUCCAUACGUACCGCCACACAUCACGAAACCGAAGGAGCACAAGAGAUUGUUUCUCGUACAGCUGCAAGAGAAAGGUAUAACGACACGUCGUAAAACUCUCAUUUCUAAUUUCGCAAGUGCUCACUCGUUAUUUUUUUUGUAUCCAGCUCUCUUUGCUGUACCGAAGAAUUACAAGUUAGUCGCUGCACCGUUAUUCGAAUUAUAUGACAAUUCGCAAGGUUACGGCCCCAUAAUCUCGUCUUUGCCACAAUCUUUGUGCAGGUUUAACUUCAUCUACAUGUGAGACUAGAAUUAGAGGAACAAUACCGAACUCUGUUUAAUUUAAUGAAAUCUAUUAGAGAUUUAAUAAUUCAUAGACCGCAUAUGUGGUACAAAACGACGGCUGACGUUUGAAGGAAAUUUCUGAUAUAUGUACAUGAUGAUAACUUGCGAAUUAAACCAUUUUUUUAAGUAGUA